CAACAAAUAUGGGACAAAAUUAUUGUUUGACUGCUGACUUAGAUACUCUAGAGAUUUCAGAAAGAGUUCGAUACAUUUCGAUCCCUACCACUUCGUUAGAGGAAGUCUCAAACUACGAUGGAGUCCCACCUUUUCUGGGAAAGAAAACUUCGAAGAGGUUACGUGCAAUUUUCUUUCCAUACGAAGUUGAUGAUGGAGUUAUUACUAGAAAAUUUGCUAGAACAUUCAUCUCCAAGUGUAAACACUUACGGCUUCUCGAUUUGUCAUGGGGUUGCUUUGAGGAGCUGCCAAGUUCCAUAUGUAACUUGAAGCAAUUGAGAGCAUUAAAUCUCUCUGAGAGCAAGCGGUUGAAGAUGCUUCCAGAUACCAUUUGUGAGCUGCAGAGUUUGCUAGUGUUGGACAUCGGGGGUUGCUUGGAGCUAUGCGAGUUACCAAAAAAUAUGAACAGACUUGUCAGUCUUAGAUUUUUAUAUAUAACAACAAAGCAGAAGAGUCUGCAAGAAACUGGCAUACAAUAUCUGGAAAAUUUGCAUUUUCUGGGACUCGAGGCAUGUGAUAAUCUCCAAGUUUUAUUUGAAGGUACUUGCCAAUUGACUCACCUUCGGAAGUUGGACAUUAGAAAUUGUAGGGGACCACUAUCUCUGCCUUUUGGGGAAUUAGUUGCCCUCGAGUCCUUGAAUAUUGCUAGUUGCAAGCUCGCAUUAACCUCAAAAAAUAAGUCCAACUUUCCGUUGAAUCUUCGAGUUCUGGUAAUUGAUAAGUCCGAACAAGUGAUGGAGCUCCUCCGAUGUCUCGAAGAAUCGGCUUGCACUUUGGAGUCGUUUUCUAUCUAUGACUGCCCUAGCUUGACAGCUAUUCCAGAAUGGCUGCCCAAUCAUACACAUCUCGGAUUAAUUCACCUGAUCAGAUGUCCCAACUUAUCAUUCAUGCCACAAGGAAUCCGAUCCCUCACUGCCCUCAAAGAAUUAUGCAUCGAACACUGUGGUGAGCUGAGCAAAAGAUGUGAGCUUGAAACCGGUGAGGAUUGGAACAUAAUCGCCCAUGUUCCUCGAAUCGAACUUGAUUUGAUAGAAGUACAAUGGACGGAUGAUUAGCGCAGAUGAACUCCCAUGAUCUAUUUGCCACGCCAUGUGGAUCUCUACAAAGAUUUGAACGUGUACUCAGCUAAUCUUUCGUCGAUCUCUUUCAAUUACAGGGAUAAAAGCAAAGGCCGUUGAUAUUGUGCUUUUCUCUUUCUUUCCUCGAGUGCGUGUUAUUCUCUAUAAUUUUCUUGUGUGGGCUUGUGUUUGUGUUGCACAUUUCUCUAUGGAGAAAAUUCUUUAGUCGUAAUGUUUGAGACCUAUUGUGACAUUAUCUUUGUCUAAUGUAAAACAAUAUUUGUCUUUGGUUCA